CCAGGACGAGUGAAGGGGUACAAAGUUACUUUCCACCCUACCGAAGAUGACGGGAGUCUUGGAGAAUUAAUAGUGGGGCCAUAUGACAGCACAGUAGUGUUGGAGGAGCUUAGGGCAGGAACUACCUAUAAGGUAAAUGUUUUUGGAAUGUUUGAAGGAGGAGAGAGCAGCCCCCUGGUUGGACAAGAGAUGACCACCCUUUCAGAUACUACUUCGGAGCCAUUUUUAUCUAGAGGUUUAGAAUGUAGAACCAGAGCAGAAGCUGAUAUCGUGCUGCUGGUGGAUGGCUCGUGGAGUAUCGGGCGGCCAAAUUUUAAAACUAUCAGGAACUUCAUUGCCCGUAUUGUUGAAGUUUUUGAUAUUGGUCCUGACAAAGUUCAGAUUGGUCUUGCACAGUAUAGUGGAGAUCCUAGGACAGAAUGGAAUCUCAAUGCUUACCAAACCAAACAGACUUUGUUGGAGGCUGUAGCCAACUUACCAUACAAAGGAGGCAAUACCCUAACAGGAAUGGCCUUAGAUUUCAUCUUAAAAAACAACUUUAGACAAGAUGCAGGCUUAAGGCCCAGAGCUCGCAAAAUUGGUGUUCUCAUCACUGACGGCAAAUCACAAGAUGAUGUAGUCACCCCUUCAAGAAGACUCAGAGAUGAGGGAGUGGAACUUUAUGCAAUUGGUAUUAAGAAUGCAGAUGAAAAUGAAUUGAAGCAGAUUGCAACGGACCCAGAUGACAUCCACGCUUACAACGUUGCAGACUUCUCCUUCCUGGCUAGCAUUGUUGAUGAUGUAACUACAAAUCUGUGUAACAGUGUGAAAGGCCCAGGUGAUUUGCCACCUCCCUCUAACCUAGUUAUUUCGGAAUUGACACCUCGUUCUUUCAGACUGAGGUGGAGCCCACCCCCUGAAAGUGUUGAUAGAUACAGAGUUGAAUAUUACCCUGCCUCUGGAGGUAGCCCUCAACAGUUUUAUGUAAGUAGGAUGGAAACAACAACAGUUCUGAAAGAUCUGAAGCCUGAAACAGAAUAUGUUGUUAAUGUGUUUUCGGUGGUAGAAGAUGAAAGCAGUGAACCCCUCAUCGGCAGGGAAACAACUUUGCCAGUUUCUUCAGUCAGAAACCUGAAUGUUUAUGACAUUGGAUCAACUUCCAUGCGAGUGAGAUGGGAACCUCUCAGUGGAGCUACUGGUUAUUUGUUAACAUAUGAAGCUGUGAAUGCCACAGUCCCAACUACAGAAAAAGAGAUGCGUGUUGGCCCGUCGGUGACUGAGGUUCAGCUGGUAGAUCUCAUCCCCAACACUGAGUACACCUUAACAGCUUACGUGUCGUUUGGUGAUAUCACCAGUGACCCGCUCACCACCCAGGAAGUGACAUUACCUUUGCCUGGACCCAGAAGCGUAACAAUUCAGGAUGUUACUCACAGCAGCAUGAACGUCCUUUGGGAUCCUGCCCCAGGGAAAGUUCGAAAAUACAUCUUAAGAUACAAAAUAGCUGAGGAAGCUGAUGUAAAGGAGGUGGAAAUCGACAGACUGAAAACCAGCAUUGCUCUCUCUGACCUUUCCUCCCAAACACUGUAUCAUGUAAGAGUCGUUGCUGUGUACGAUGAAGGGGAAUCCCUACCGACAAACGCAGAAGCUGUCACUCAGCCUGUGCCAGCACCAGUCAACCUCAGAAUCACAGAUGUAAGCACAAAUAGUUUCAGAGGAACUUGGGAUCACGGAGCUCCAGAUGUCUCCUUAUAUAGAAUAACCUGGGGACCCUAUGGAAGAUCGGAAAAACAGGAGACUAUCUUAAAUGGGGAUGAGAAUAGUUUGGUCUUUGAAAAUUUGAAUCCAGAUACAUUAUAUGACAUCUCAGUUACUGCCAUCUAUCCUGAUGAAUCAGAAAGUGAUGACCUCAUUGGCAGUGAGCGAACGCUACCCUUGGUACCUAUCACCACACAAGCCCCAAAGAGUGGCCCACGAAACCUCCAGGUGUACAAUGCAACGUCACACAGUUUGACUGUGAAGUGGGAUCCUGCCAGUGGCCGAGUGCAGAGAUACAGGAUCACUUACCAGCCUAUCAGCGGGGAUGGCCCUGAGCAGUCGACUAUGGUUGGAGGGCGGCAGAACAGUGUGGUGAUCCAAAAGCUGCAGCCUGACAUGCCAUAUGCUAUUACUGUGUCAUCAAUGUACGCAGAUGGUGAAGGGGGACGAAUGACAGGACGAGGCAGAACCAAACCUCUCACUACUGUGAGGAACUUGCUAGUUUAUGACCCAACCACCAGUACUCUGAACGUUCGAUGGGAUCACGCAGAAGGAAGUCCUCGCCAGUAUAAAGUGUUUUAUGGACCUGCAGCUGGAGGUGCAGAAGAAAUGACCACAGUACCAGGAAACACAAACUACGUCAUCCUGAGGACUCUUGAACCCAACACACCUUACACCGUAACUGUGGUUCCAGUUUUCCCAGAGGGUGAUGGUGGACGUGCCUCUGACACUGGAAGAACUUUGGAGAGAGGAACACCAAGAAACAUCCAAGUUUACAAUCCUACACCAAACAGCAUGAAUGUCCGAUGGGAACCUGCUCCAGGUCCGGUACAGCAAUACCGAGUUAAUUACUCUCCACUCUCUGGCCCAAGGCCAUCAGAAUCUAUUGUGGUACCAGGCAACACUCGUGAUGUGAUGCUGGAGCGCUUGACUCCCGACACACCUUACUCGAUAAGUGUUGUAGCUCUGUAUGCAGAUGGAGAAGGAAAUCCAAGCCAAGCACAGGGAAGAACAUUGCCUCGCAGUGGUCCGAGGAACGUCAGAGUGUUCGAUGAGACCACAAACAGCCUUUCUGUGCAAUGGGACCAUGCUGAUGGGCCGGUCCAGCAGUAUAGAAUCAUUUAUUCACCCACCGUGGGAGAUCCUAUCGAUGAAUACACAACAGUUCCUGGGAUAAGAAAUAAUGUGAUAUUACAACCCCUGCAAUCGGAUACGCCAUAUAAAAUUACUGUCGUGGCUGUGUAUGAAGAUGGAGAUGGUGGACAGCUGACUGGAAAUGGCAGAACAGUUGGCCUACUUCCUCCUCAAAAUAUGUACAUAACUGAUGAAUGGUAUACACGGUUCAGAGUUUCCUGGGAUCCUUCACCAUCCCCUGUUCUUGGCUAUAAAAUUGUGUACAAACCUGUGGGUUCGAAUGAGCCUAUGGAGGUUUUUGUGGGGGAAGUGACUUCCUACACCUUGCAUAAUCUGUCUCCCAGUACGACUUAUGAUGUGAAUGUUUAUGCCCAGUAUGAUUCUGGAAUGAGCAUACCUUUGACAGAUCAAGGCACUACCUUAUAUUUGAAUGUCACUGACCUAACAACUUACAAAGUGGGUUGGGAUACCUUCUGUAUCCGGUGGUCACCUCAUCGCUCAGCAACUUCCUACAGGCUGAAGCUAAACCCAGCUGAUGGUUCCAGAGGACAGGAAAUCACCAUACGUGGAUCAGAAACAAGCCAUUGUUUCACUGGCCUCUCACCGGACACAGAAUACAAUGCUACUGUCUUUGUUCAGACCCCUAACCUGGAGGGACCUCCAGUCUCUAUAAGGGAGCAUACAGUCCUCAAACCUACAGAGGCACCAACUCCACCACCUACACCUCCUCCACCUCCCACGAUCCCUCCAGCUCGGGAUGUAUGCAGAGGUGCCAAAGCAGACAUAGUAUUCUUGACUGAUGCUUCCUGGAGUAUUGGUGAUGAUAACUUCAACAAAGUAGUGAAAUUUGUUUUUAAUACAGUAGGAGCCUUUGACUUGAUUAAUCCUGCUGGAAUCCAGGUUUCAUUUGUGCAGUACAGUGAUGAGGCAAAAUCUGAAUUUAAACUCAACACAUUUGAUGACAAAGCCCAGGCCCUGGGAGCUCUUCAAAAUGUUCAGUACAGAGGAGGAAACACAAGGACAGGCAAAGCCCUAACAUUUAUCAAAGAAAAGGUUUUGACCUGGGAGAGCGGCAUGAGGCGAGGUGUUCCCAAGGUACUCGUUGUUGUCACAGACGGUCGGUCUCAGGAUGAGGUGAGGAAGGCAGCCACGGUCAUACAGCACUCUGGCUUCAGUAUCUUUGUGGUUGGUGUGGCUGAUGUGGAUUACAAUGAGCUGGCCAAGAUUGCCAGCAAGCCUAGUGAGCGUCAUGUAUUUAUUGUUGAUGACUUUGAUGCCUUUGAAAAGAUUCAAGAUAACCUCGUCACCUUUGUGUGUGAGACAGCUACCUCAACUUGUCCUCUUAUUUACUUGGAGGGGUACACUUCACCUGGUUUCAAGAUGCUGGAAUCAUAUAAUCUAACCGAGAAGCAUUUUGCUUCUGUACAAGGUGUAUCACUGGAAUCAGGGUCUUUCCCAAGCUAUGUAGCAUAUAGACUCCACAAAAAUGCCUUUGUCAGCCAGCCAAUACGGGAGAUUCACCCGGAGGGAUUGCCGCAGGCAUACACUAUCAUUCUGUUAUUCCGUCUUCUGCCGGAAUCCCCCAAUGAGCCUUUUGCAAUUUGGCAGAUUACAGACAGAGAUUACAAACCACAAGUUGGAGUUGUGCUUGAUCCUGCCAGCAAAGUGCUGUCAUUCUUUAACAAGGACACAAGGGGAGAGGUUCAAACUGUAACUUUUGAUAAUGAUGAAGUAAAGAAAAUCUUUUACGGAAGCUUCCACAAGGUCCAUAUAGUUGUAACUUCAUCAAGUGUUAAGAUUUACAUUGACUGCAGUGAAAUACUGGAAAAACCAAUUAAGGAGGCUGGGAACAUCACAACUGAUGGCUAUGAAAUACUUGGGAAACUUCUGAAAGGCGAUCGGAGAUCAGCAACAUUAGAAAUCCAGAAUUUUGACAUUGUGUGCAGUCCAGUCUGGACUAGCAGAGACAGAUGCUGUGAUCUUCCUUCUAUGAGAGAUGAAGCAAAAUGCCCAGCUCUUCCAAACGCUUGUACCUGUACUCAAGACAGCGUGGGACCUCCAGGACCCCCUGGACCAGCCGGUGGCCCAGGUGCAAAAGGUCCCAGAGGCGAAAGGGGGUUGACUGGAUCGUCUGGUCCACCUGGUCCUCGUGGCGAGACAGGUCCUCCCGGCCCUCAAGGUCCCCCAGGUCCCCAGGGCCCCAACGGGCUGUCAAUCCCAGGAGAACCGGGUCGUCAAGGAAUGAAAGGUGAUGCUGGCCAACCCGGACUUCCAGGGCGAUCGGGAACCCCAGGUUUACCCGGUCCACCUGGCCCAACAGGACCUCCAGGAGAAAGGGGUUUCACAGGAAAAGAUGGUCCCACAGGUCCCAGAGGCCCACCAGGACCAGCGGGUGCCCCAGGAGUUCCAGGAGUUGCUGGCCCAAGUGGCAAACCAGGGAAGCCAGGAGAUCGUGGGACACCAGGUGCACCUGGAAUGAAGGGAGAAAAAGGUGACAGAGGUGACAUUGCUUCCCAGAACAUGAUGCGAGCAGUUGCCAGACAAGUUUGUGAACAACUGAUAAAUGGUCAAAUGAGCCGAUUCAAUCAAAUGCUGAAUCAAAUCCCAAAUGAUUAUUAUUCAAACCGUAACCUGCCAGGGCCACCAGGGCCACCUGGUCCCCCAGGAGCUGCUGGGACAAGAGGAGAGCCUGGACCUGGGGGAAGACCAGGAUUCCCAGGGCCUCCUGGUGUCCAAGGACCACCUGGUGAAAGAGGAAUGCCUGGAGAGAAAGGCGAAAGAGGGACUGGAUCUCAAGGACCACGAGGUUUGCCGGGACCACCUGGUCCCCAAGGAGAAUCUAGAACUGGCCCACCAGGCUCCACAGGAUCACGAGGACCACCAGGGCCACCAGGUCGUCCUGGAAAUGCGGGUAUUCGAGGUCCACCGGGGCCACCAGGGUAUUGUGAUUCAUCCCAGUGUGCUAGCAUCCCUUACAACGGCCAAGGAUUCCCAGGUUUCGGCUAACAUUUUCUAAGUCGCCAGUGCUGCUUACAGUUUGAAUACAUGAAAAUCCUGUUUCUGAGAUGUUUGCGCACGUGCUUAUUAGAAAAUGAGUCCGUAUGGAUAUUUCAUCACGGAUAUGGUUUUUGAACCAUGUUGGCCUCAUAGAAUGGGGAGAUUCUUUUUACUAACACGACUCGUGAAUGAGAUAAAGGACAGUGAUGUCAAUUCCUUAAGCCUGUUGCAUUUCAAUAAUAAAAUAGUCUUUCUUUUUUAAAAAAAGACCCAGACCAUCCAAAGCCUCAGUGGUGAAGGAGGCUUAUAAAACUACUAACCAGCAAAGGUAAUGUCGUUAGAAGAGACAGAUUUAACCUGGUAAGCGAGAAAUGACUUGUGUAAAUAGUAAACUAAUUGUGGCUUGUAAAUGAUUUGUACGGGACCGUAUCCACUAAAAUCUGUUAACAAGUCUAAAAGCCUGCUGCUGCUUGCUACGUGCCAGAAUAACAUCUUUGACAACUUAUGAACCCUACCUGUCUGUUGCUUGUUCCCAACGUGUCUGAAUGGGGGCAUGUGCCUUUCUUAUAUGUAACCUUGUUGGAUUCUGUAACUGCAGUCAUAAAUACCAAAGUUUUAUAAUUAUUUUUCUUCUGUUUUGCUGUAGUUUUUGGUGUUCCUGAAGCACCAGCUGUAACUCGGUUUGUUACGAGGAACAGCACAAGAAAAUGACGUGUGCUGUAUAUUGCCGCUGGUGAUAGUUGUGUGUACACUGCCCUUCCCAUUCUCAGAGAAAAUCAGAAUAUGCCAAACCCACCUCUUUGUUUUACCUGCUCCCUGUCUUCUACUAAUUACAUAGUCUGAAAUAAAGUCCAGUGCUUGGAUUUACCGAAGUAGCUGUAAAAUAUUAUUUUUAUUUGAUUUGCUU